AACGUGACGCCUGAAGCGGCGCAGGUUCACCCCAUGGUAAGAUGGCGGGGAGUUUCUCGCGUCGCACGGCAAGGGGCGUGGUGGGGGCUGUGAUUGUCAAAACGAUGGCGGCUUCUCUGCGAGGGGGCGCUGUGCGUCUCGUCCUGUCCGCAGGCAGCCUGCGGCGGCUGUCCCUGGAUCGCAAGCUGACGGCGACGCUGCUCCCGUGCGCUCCCCGUCUGGGUCACCGAGCUACAAACGGCCUUCGAUGCCUGCACACCGCCACCAUGCUGCUCACCAAGGAGGGCGACGAAGCAGAAAAGAGUCACGGGCCAACAUCGCCCGGCGAAGACGCGCAUGGCUCAGCGGAGCACAAGUCUGCCGAGUCCACAGAGCGUGGAGAGGAGAUGGGGAGCGAGUACGGUGGCUAUGACAGCGAGGAGGAGAUGAAGCAAAGGAUCCUCAUGCGCGCCUUGGAGUUUGUGCCCGAGCUCGGCUGGACCAACGAGGCUCUGGCGGAGGCAGCGACCGCAGAAGGCCUGUCACCGGCUGUGUCCGGGAUCUUUCAAAAGGGAGCCGGUGACUUAGUGCUGCACUUCGUUCAGGACUGCAACAAGCGCCUGUCCGAGCAGCUCACGGAGGAGAACAAGCUCGUGCAGCUCGGGCAGGCAGAGAACAAGGAAACUGAUCAGUUUCUGCGUGACGCAAUAGAAGCCAGGCUUCGCAUGCUCAUCCCCUACAUGGACAAGUGGACACAGGCAAUGGGGAUAUUGGUGAUGCCGCAGAACCUGCCGGAGAGCGUGACGCUGCUCACGGCGCUCGUGGAUGAGAUCUGCUACCAGGGUGGUGACCGCUCCACCGAUUUCAACUGGUAUACGCGUCGUGGAGUGCUGGCUGCCGUCUACAAUGCCACGGAGCUGGUGAUGGUGCAGGACAAGUCGCACGAUUUCCAGGACACCUGGACCUUCCUGGAGAACCGCAUCGGCAACGCCAUGAUGGCCGCGCAGACUGCCCAGCAGGUGAAGGACACGGGUGACGCGUUGGUGCAGGGCUUGGUUGGUGCCGCUGUUACGCUAAAGAACUUGACGGGGAUGAAUCAGCGCAACUGAAAGUGGUGGUCGGCUGUGUCUGGUGUUUGGAUCAGCUGGAAGAAUCUUCAGUGACAUGUGAACAUCCACGCUUUUCACUGGUCACCCAAAUUGUACGGUUGUUAGUUUUUACGUUUUAAAAUCUGUGCAAUUGCUGCUCUCCACCUUGUGAAAUGCCUAAAUAGGAGUUGCGGCUUCGGCCAUGAUAGAACGGAUAAUCAAUGGACUGAGGAUUAACAAAAGACUAUUGAUGGUUUCGUUGUCAUAUUUAGCACUGUUUCUAAAUAGUAGUUUCACUUUAAAAUAUUGGCUUAGAAAUAUCACAGUUACCGUUAUUGUAUGCUGAUGCCUCCUAGCCAAUGGGCAGUUUCAUAAAAUAACUGAAGUUUUUUUUCUUCCCUUCGCUUGUACUGCUUUAGAUUAUAAAAGCCAAAGGAAAGUGUCAACAAAAGUUAUACUGGUUAUCACAAGAGUAAAACAUACAUAUGCGAUUGAGAAACAUUCAAAAUGACAAAUUGAUGAUUUCAUCAUUUUCCAAUUUAAUUUCAGAUUAUCCAGUAUUGGGUGCAAUUUGUAAAAUGGUACAUAUCAAGACAAGAUGGUCUGUUUUGGUAAUGCAUGCUUCCAAGGUAAUGGCAAUGACUUUACCUCUUGCUAGAUUGCAUGCUCACACAUCUUAAAUGUACAAUUGUGCAUUCAACUCAAUUAAAUAUCCUUGAACUCAUUAAGGGUGUAAUUACAUCUCUUGUUUUGGAGAGAGUCGGCGGACUAAAAUGUGACAACUGUUUAAUUUCUACUUGGUUGAUAAUAAUAAAAUGUGUUCUUUGUAUUGGCUCAGGGUAGAGCGGUAGCACCGUGCUUGCCACACUGUGCAAGUGAGCCUGGCAACCUUAGUUUGAAUUCCAGCCAUGACUAACAUAAGUAGAAAGUGAUAUCUGGACUGCGCCAGAGUCCCACCUUCACUGACGAGUGUGGUAUGGGCCCACGGAGAUGCUCUUGUGAAUGUCACAGAGUCGUUAAGAUUGACAGCAGGUGUUGGAUUGUUUUACGUGUUAAAAAAGUGUUGUAUAAAAAAUAAAAGGCUGUAUAUUGA